AUGGCAACAACAAUGGCGAUGCCGAAAUACCGUCGUCAACCGCCACCGCCAACAUCAACUACAACGGCGACGACGCCGAGAAACGCGUACCUCACGGCGCUUAGAAAAGCCCGCGCCGCCAGGGCGGCCGAGGAGAGGAAAUGGGUCGCCACAGCCGAGAUGAGGUCCGGUUCUGGCACCAGCAGGAACCGUGUCAGCACCGUCAGUGAGAUCCUUCAGAGCAAAUGGCCAUUCGAGUCCUCCUCCGACUCCUCCUCCGACUCCUCCUCCGACUCCUCAGAGCAAAACGAGGUCGAGCUCGGACAGGAGCGCGCCCAAGGCCACGCCCACGUGUUCGCUGCCUUCCACAUGCAGGACAAGGAGAAAAAGCCCGCCGCCGUGGAGGCCAGAAACGUCCAGAAUGAGAGGAGCAGCGAUUGGGUGAAGGAGGAAGCGGAGGGCGAGGACGAGAAGAGCGAGGAGAAGAAAAGCGAAAAAAAGGCGAGCGAGGAAGAGAGCAAGCAGGCGAAGAAGAUCGUGAAGGCGAAGAAGAGCAUGAAGCAGCGCGAGGCGGACAAGUUCCUGCGGCAGCUGGUGGUCGAGCUCACGGUGGCCGCGCUCAAGCCAAAGAAAGAAAAGAGGGGUGGAAACAAGGAGAAACGGCUGCGACAGCAGCUGCUGGCCGCCAUGGACGGCAGGGACAAGAAGCGUUUGGGGCAGCAGCUGCUGGCCGCCAUCGCGCCGAGAAAGACGAUGGGCGGCAAGGAGGAGAGGCGCCUGCGGCAGCUGCUGCUGGCCAUGCUCAGGCUGAAGAAGAAGAAGAAGGGCGGCAAGUAG